AUGUUCGAGUAUCACGAUGCUCCUAUAGGAGGACAUCGUGGCCGGGAGAAAACAUAUCUCACGGCGAGUCGAGACUUUUACUGGCCCCGCCAGUAUCAGUUUGUGCGCAAGUACAUUCGCGCAUGCGAAGUCUGUCAACGAGUGAAGUCAAGUCCAUCACUGCGUGCACCUUUACAGCCUCUACCGGUUCCGGCUGAGUGCUGGGAAUCCAUCUCAAUGGAAUUCGUCUUCGCGUUACCCAAAGACGCACGCGGGAAUACGGGUAUUCUCGUUUUUGUUGACAGAUUCAGCAAAAUGAUACACCUUGUGGCUGUACCAGAGUCAAUCACAGCAAGUGGCUGUGCUUGUGUCUUUAUUGACACCAUCUUCCGACUUCAUGGGUUGCCCCGUGAACUCGUAUCAGACAGAGAUCCACGAUUCACUGCUGAUUUCUGGCGUUCCGUGUUCAAAUCGCUCGGUACGCGCUUGAAGAUGUCGACAUCUGAUCAUCCAGAGUCAGAUGGUCAGACGGAACGUGCCAAUCGUGUCCUCGAAGAGAUACUUCGAGGAUACGUACACUCCUUUAAGAGUUGGAGUGAGUUCUUGCCAAUGGUAGAGUUUGCCAUUAACAACUCGGUGCAUGCGUCCACGACACAUACACCGUUUUACGUGAAUGGCUUGCGCCAUCCGCGAGUACCCACCUUACUAGAGUGUGACUCUGAGGUCAUUGCGUUUGAUGCCGAUAUCGAUAACAUCGACAUCGAAGAAGAUGAUGCCAGUGAGAGCGAGGAAGCCCUCCCUGAAGAAAAGAUUGAUGUUGCUGCGGUGCACUCACAGCGCACUGAAGCUAACGAGCCAGUAGAUGAGUUCAUACUGGCUCGUGAAACGGUAGUCCGUUUUGUGCAAGACUCCAUCGCCGAAGCGGUGGAUUAG